ACCGCACUCGCCGCGUCGUCUGCUGCUAAGAAUUGGCGGGUAACGUCAGGCGUGACGUUCGAUUGUGUAAAUAAUUGUACAUAUGUAUGUUGCAAAAAUUGUUGACAAAUACAUCGGUAAUUGUGAUUCAAAGGCAUUUAUACACGGUUCCUGUAACGGUGAAACGACAUUUUCAAUGAAUUGCUGAUAUCACAUAAAAGUAACGUGUAAGUAAGAACCUGAAAUAUGGAGCACGAGGACAGUGAUUGUGAUCUAGAUAUCCUAAAUAAUCUCAUAUCAAAUGACACUGAAGAAACUGAACAAUCUAAGCAACUUGGAGAACCAGAACCUGAAUCACAUGAACAGUCCAAACUAUCAGAGCCCAAAAAGACUUUAACGGAAUUACAAUUCAAUUUCUUAGAUUCUGUACCUAGUAACAUAAAUAAUGAAAAUAAACCUACUAGUGAGAAAGUCAUCAAUGGGAUUUAUGACGACAAGCUUGAUUCUUCCGAUGAUGAAGACAGGCGUUACUUUGAGGAACAAAAGUACUCCAAUUACGGACGUGAAAUAAAACAAUUGUUAAAAGAGUGCUCUUCAUUAAAGACUGAGCAGCCUGUGAAAUUACAGAGUGAAAAAACUGUUGAUUUUAAUAAUAAAAAGAGUAAGACUUUUGAUUUUAAUAACGCUAUAAAAAGUAAGAAUAAUAAUAUAGCAAAAGACGUGUACAGUGAUCCCAUCUUUGGAAUAAGAAUAGUUAAUCCUCUUGUAUCUUCUGCGGAAUUGAGAGAACGUAUGAAAGACAAGAUAGCUGUGACAAUAUCAAGAGUAAAGAGCCACAUUAUUUCUGAUAAUAUACAUAACGAUUGGGUGAUUGCCGGCGUAUUAAUUAAUAAAUCGCCCACGAAAACCUCGCAGAAGGGCACUUCUUAUUGCAUUUGGAAAAUAAGCGAUCUCUCCGACGACCUGAAAACCGUGUCUAUUUUUUUAUUCAGUAACGCUUACAAACAACUAUGGAAAACCAUCACUGGUAGCGUGAUAGGUGUUCUCAAUCCAAACGUGCUCGAGAGUAAGGAUAACAUUGAUCAGGCAACGCUGUCGAUCGACAAUCCGCAGAAGCUGAUGAUUCUCGGCAGGUCUAAGGACAUGGGAAAAUGCAAGUCUAACAAGAAGAAUGGCGAUCCGUGUACCGCAAUCGUGAACACAAGUCGAUGCGAGUACUGCGUCUAUCAUGUUAAACAGGAAUACAAGAAGUGUGCGCGACGAGCGGACAUACAGUCGAGCAAUACCAGCUUCGGCUUCACUGGAGACGCGAUAAAACGCAUGAAUAAGCAGACCGUUACACGAAAGCCUUACAACGGAUUAGCAUCGUUUGUACCGGUACUGGCCAAACGCAACGACGAGCUAUACGAGAAGGACCGUGCGCGCUUGGAAUUAUUGUCCGAGGCCGCUUCUAAUAACGGCAUUAAGAGAACGAAGGAUGAAGUGAACAAUGUAGAUACCAGUAAAAAAGGGAUAACUGUUGAAUUGAUGAACAACCAAUCGAAAAAAGAUCUCGAGCGACUGAAUAAAUUAAGAAAUUGGCAGCCCUCAAAACAAUUAAUGGUACAAUCGACGCCUAAUGGACCAAUUAUAUGUUCCAGUCCAGUGCAAUCGAAAGAAAGCAAUCCUAUGCCAAUCAAGUCUACGAGCAAUCACGCAGGUAAGAUCAGUUUAGCUUCUCUAGUUUCAUCUCCGCGAUUAGGAACGGGAUGUAAUCAGGAUACAAUAGAUUUCUCCGAACCAAUCACUAAGCAACAAAUUCGCAAUGCCAAGAUGAAUGCUAUCAAAUGGGUGCAAGAGCACGGAAAGAUCGAAGCGAAGAACCCUAAUCAAGUUCGCGCAAAUGCGAAAGAAAAACUGAAGAAAAACGCGAAGCGUCAGAGGGAGAAUGACGAGAGAGAAAAGCGAAACGCGAAAAAAGCGAACAUAAAUAACAAAUUUAAAGAGAUGCUAGAAGCCAAGUCGUCACACACAGACCUGAUCGAGAAGUCAUAUGACGAAGAAAAGGAGAAGUAUUUCAACAAGCUGGAAGCAAAGGAGAGAAUGGAGGAAAAGAUGAUGAACACUUUCAAAAUCAAUUGCAAAGCUGUGAAGUGUGCAAUAUGCAAGUACACAGCGUUCUCAGCGUCAGACAUGUGCAAGGAACAAAGACAUCCGUUGCGCGUGAUCGAUGCUGUUAAGAGAUUCUUCAAGUGUGCUGAUUGUGGCAACCGAACUGUUAGCCUGAACCGUAUGCCGUCACACAGCUGUGGCAAAUGCAGCAGCUCGAAUUGGGUCAGGGCGGCGAUGAUGGACGAAAGGAAGAUCGCUAUCGCCGCGGAGACCUUAUCUAUACGUGGCGCCGAGGAAAAGUUUUUGGGUUCGGCAGUGAAAGAUGCCACUCUCAAUCUUCUCGUUCCGAAUGAAGAUUAAUAUACUAAUCAGAUUGGUCACAAUACAUUUUUGUAAAAUGAGUAUUAUAAUUAUUUAUGUAAGAUAAAUGAUAGAAGAAAAGAUAUUUGAUUAGAAUAACUGAUGUCUUGAUGAAAUGAGUGUUUUAUAGUUUUAUGAAAAUGAAGUAUUUGUAUAUAAAAUAAACACAGGCGUAGUACUGUGUGAAAUGUGCUACGAUACCAUUGCCCAUACAUCAGUUUGAUUAGUGUUAUUUUUAAUAUUUGCUACAUGGUAAAGAGAAAUUCAAGAACUAGUAGAACUUGCCAUCUGAAUUAAGUUCAAGCUCCUAAUUAUCAUCGGCUAAAAUGAAACAUGAAUUUUGCUAUAACCGCGAUACUUACUCCUAUUUUGUAAUUUAGAAUCUACAAAUACAGAACAUUUGAUAUCCUUUUGUUUAUUGUCAGUAUUAUCAGUUUUCUCUUUUUUUUUUCAUCUUAUGAAAUGUACAAAUAUAAAGAAAGAGUGUAUCUCUUGCA